GGUCAGAGUACUUUCCUGCAGAGAACCCUGAAGAUUACUGAUUUAUUCUACAAUCCUGAUUUCGGGGACGUUAUUCAAGUGCUGCCGAUACCUGGUGGAAUAUCAAGUGGUCGAGUGGUAACUAUCAUUUGUUUCAUAUUCAGACGAAAAAUAUUUUAUGUGCCCUAUGCACCAAAAACUAACAGCACACAAGUACCGCAUUUUGAGCUCUUACACUCUUUUAUCGAUGGUGCCCAGCUCAAGCCAUAACGUGUUCCUAGUAGUGAAAACUAAGAUAUGUUGGGCGAUUGUUGUUAAAAAUGGUUCUCUCGACAGAAAAACAAUCAUUCAUCAUGUUCCUUCUUUUUCUGCUGAUGCGUAAAGUAUAUCAACAUGUGACCCCCUUUUUUUUUUCUUUAAAGAUGGCAGAACUCUUUUGAGAGAGAUUUUAUACGACUGCAACAAGCAACACAACGGCGCUGUCUUUAGUUACGGAAUUUUUCCCUUAUGAAAACGGAGAGAACAAAAAUGUAACGGACUGCCAGUGAGUGCUUUGAUAACUGAUCAUCAUGUACGUCUUCUAAAGCAGGUGCCUCAGUCGCCUCUACAAUAUCUACGGCGAAUAGCCUUGAACCUGAAAAUACAAAUACGUCCUUUUGCGGAUUGUUUUUUCAGUUGAAUACUCGAACCGGAUACGGGUUGAACAAUUCUUGACGAAGCUUGAUAUGUAGAACAGGAUGAUGUAUCGUGGAACAUUGUUAGCUGGGGGUGUACAAAGAUUCAUCUUCAUGUAUGAAUGCAUGAUGCUCCGAAGAAAGUCAUAUUUACGCACUAGUUUAUCACGAUUACCCCUUCCGUUGACCACAGUAUUCUUCGAGAAAGGUACAAUUUUGAAACAAUCGUCAUUAAAAAACGUGUACCUUCUUGCCUUUGUAUUGAAACUCGCUCGAAAAUGUUAUGCCAUCUACUGCACUAUCCAACCCACAUUAUGCACAAUUGCGUACGUGUGAAAAUUAUGGUAAGCUAAAACAGCUAUUGUCCUUCGUAGAGACAUCCAUUUGAAACUGUACCCCCACCCCCAACCCCCCGCGCCCCAACAUAUCUUCCUUUUCACUAAUGGGAAUACGUGGCAGCUGAAAUAUGCACCGUUGACAAACACGUACGUACGCGUUCAAGACGUGAGAGAUUCUCAACUGUUAGUUUUCUAGCACGCUGUUAAUUAUAUAAUAUAUAUUAUGUGCUAUGCCGUAGAAAGUGUUCAAUAUUAUUUAUUUUUGUUAUACGUGGUUUUAUAUAGCGUGGUACCCCAGCCUAGGGCUGGGCUCAACAGGCUGUACAUACAGCCUAGGUCUGGGCUCAACAGGCUGUACAUACAAUUUAACAGACAUAAAAAAAAAUAAAAAAAAUUGACAUACAUUAAUUAAAUAAAACAAAAAAAAAUCUAUAUUUAAAACUAUUUCCAUCUCAAGCCAUGGACGACACUCAGUACCAUCGUUUUAUGGUCAGAGGUGGGAAUCGGUCAGGAUAAUAGAGAUUAAAAAGUUGUGUUUUGAGUGCAGUUUUGAAGGUUGUGAUGGUCGGUAUAUUGCGGAUGUGUAAUGGAAGAGAAUUCCAUUGUUUGGGUGCACAGAAAGAGAACGAUCGUUCACCGUAUGUUUUUGUGCGAGUCUAGGGGACAGAAAGAAUACGCGCGUCUGUGGAGGAGCGAAGCUGUCGAAGGGGUGAAUAGACAUAGAGAAGUUCGGUUAGAUAGGAAGGCGAGGAAUUCGAGAAAAAGUUGUGUCAGAGAAUAGAGAGUUUGUAGUCAAUACGUGCUUGUAUAGGGAGCCAAGGAAAUGAAUGAAGUAGGGGUGUGACGUGAUCACGCAUUUUUUGCCUUUAGAAUUAGCUUAGCGCUGAGUUUUGAACAUUUUGUAAUUUUUCUAAGAAGUGUUUUGGUGAACCUGAUAGAGGAGAAUUACAAUAGUCAAGACGAGAGAAAACAAGAGCACAGACUAGGUUUUUUGUUACACCAACUGUAAGGUAUUGGCGGAUGGAGCUUAUCUGACGAAUGGCGGUGUAUGCAGAGCGAUAAAUGUGAGAGGUAUGAUUGUCGAGAGACAUCUUGUUAGAUAGAAUAUAACCAAGAUUCCUAGCGGAGAAUAUAAACAAUAUGUCAGAGUUACCUCCAUGAAAUGAAGUGGGGAGAGCUGAGUUAGAGGAUAAUUUGUGAUCGUGAAAAAGGAGUGCUUCCGUUUUGUCAUCGUUAAGCUUCAACUUGUUGAGUGUCAUCCAUGUCUUGACAUCAUCAAUAUACUAAAAAUCCCAACCACAUAGGGACAACAUUUAGCUGUAUCCUAAACUACCAAUAAUUGUUUAUGUAGAAGAUUAACUGUAAAACUAUCUUUUCUUUCUUUGUUUUUAAAGUACAUUGGCUGUUUUCAAUAUGUUUAAAGAGGAAGAUGUACCGUAAAUUUUUCUCAUUAAUUACAUUAGCAAUGUAACACUUUGUUUAUAUUUUAGGGCUACCUCCACGCCACGCUAAUGGCAAACUACACUUUCAACAUAGACUUUGCUCAAGAUUUUGCCGUGAGAUACAGCAUUUUCCAUUUUAAAGCGAGGUGGGAUCCCAACAACGACAGGAAGCUGGUUUUAAGCCAACGCAACAACGGAACCUGGGGUAACCCGGAAGUGUUUCCUACAUUUCCGUUUCCGUUCGAAUUGGACAUGCCCUUCACCUUACACGUCCUGAUCACACCCAAAAGUUUCGACGUGUACGUCAACGCGAACUACUGCUGCUACUACAACCACACUCUGGC